CCAAGCGGGAGAUCCAUGAUAGAAUAGGCACGCGUGUAUCUCCACUUUUUUUUUCCCUCUCUUCCUAUUGCGCCCUGCGCCCCGUAAUAAGUCGCAAUUAAAAGUCGAUCGCGAAUCUCACCGCACAGUUGAUUAUCGCCGCUCUGAUCGCAGUUCUCUAUCGCUACCUCCUUCGUUAACAGUUCUCCGUUCGAAAGAGAGUUUCGCGCUUCCGCCGAUAAACGCGAGAUCUCGAGGGGAAGAAGUCGAGCGAGACGCGGCGGCAAAUCGAUAGAGGAAACGCACGAUGAAACAUAUGAUGAGGGAGAACGUGCCGGCGAUGGUGUAACCUCGCGGGUCACUGGACAUAAAAAGAACAGAGGGAAGCUGGAAGAGACAGCUUGUCCGUGGGCUUUCGACAAUUUAAGCGGCGGCAGGAUCAAAGGUCAUGGCAACGCCGCCGGACUCGCCGGGACCGGAAGAGGCGUUCUUCGACUUCGAGAGCACGAGGGCGAGGCAACAGACUACCAGACCGGUACCUAUAGAGGAACUUCUGCGACAGACCAAGUUCUCCCGCCAGGAGAUCCGAGUCAUGUACCGAGGCUUCAAGCAGGAGUGUCCUGAGGGAGUAGUGCACGAGGACUCAUUCAAGGACAUUUACGCGAAAUUCUUCCCGCACGGCAACUCCAGUCUCUACGCCCACUACGUGUUCAAGGCCUUCGACGUUAAUUGCAACGGGGCUAUCAGCUUCAGGGACCUUCUCGUGACGCUGUCGACCCUACUGCGGGGUAGCAUUUAUGAGAAACUGAGGUGGACCUUUAAGCUAUAUGACAUAAAUGGCGAUGGUUGCAUCACUAGGGGUGAAUUGGGUGAAGUUGUGACAGCAGUCCACGAGCUCAUGGGCAGACGACAUCAUGCCGAAGAGGAAAGGAAGGCGAGAGAACAGCUGGACAGGGUCUUCAAGAAACUCGAUCUCAACCAGGACGGUGUUAUCACGAUCGAGGAAUUUAUCGAGAGUUGUUUGAAGGACGAUGUGAUCACACGGUCGCUGGCGAUGUUUGACUGCGCGCUUUGAUCUCCGGCUAAAGACGAGCCUCCAGCAGCGGUCACCGCGACGCCGCCGACGCCGCUCUCGACGACAACGUUCUCACAAUCCCUAUCCCCGUCGCCGCCGCCGCCGUCCUAUUCCCUGCUGCCGCCUAUCCCGCCACCUCUGCCCUCUCAGCCGCCACCUGGUUACACCGUCCAGGAUCAGGAGCUCUAUCUACUCCUGGCUGCCCACUGGUGGAACCAACCAGAGGCGCCGCUUUUUUGUUGAAGGGCAAUGCGAUACGGCUCCUAGCAACGUAAAGUAGCAAUCGAGGUCUAAAUCUGUAAGAAUCGAAGAGCGGAUUUUCCAGCAUCUUGUUGCCUCUUCGUUCUGCAAAAUGUUACGCAAGCAGUACGAGGAUACGAUGCAAGAUGUUCUUAUUUUCGCCGUCGAACGGAGCUUAGCGAAGACAUUGCCAUUUCAAUAACAACACGUGGAAAACGAAGAGACCGUUUCAUUUACACGGACAAUCCCGUGACGAUAUCGCCGGAUAUUUUGGCAAUCAUAGAAACGACAAUUGGCGUCGAUCUCUGGCAAGAAUUUAGCGAAGUUACAAGAACUUGAUCUAAGGUCAAAUUGUAUAUUAAUACGCGAAAUAGGUACCUGGCGUAGCUCUUAUAUUAUGAUCUCUCGCGCUUUGUGAAGAAUGGUGUCUAAGAAAAGGACGCCCUCGAAAGUGAAAAGAUGCUGGUCGAGGUCCGAAUAAGAUCGACUUCCUUUUCUACGAUUCGUCGCGAGAAGAUUCAGUGAUCAAAGAACCCUGGUAUCACGAAUUUGUGCCAAAUUUAUGGGAUUUUCAGACGAUGACGACGAUGAUGAAGAAACGGGAGAAACGGCGGGAAAGGUGCUAUAUGCGUGGCUGUGAGUUGGAAAUUACGACACAAGA